CAGGUGUCUCCUCCAAGACUUCAAAGUCCGAUUCUCAGCACAAUUAUUGCCACCAGACCAGGACCGAGGACCAGAGCGAGAGCCCGGCAAGCAGCAACUGAAACCGCCCAAACUCUGCCCAGUCAGAAUCAUCAUCUACGCCAUGAGAGGAGACGAGCGCGCCAUCGGGGCCAAACUAUCUGACGCUGGCUUGUUUUUGCAACACCCAGCUGCGCAUGAGUGCAGCUCACAAAACGUCAGCUUUCAAUCUCUCUCACUCCGCAAACUAACACGACAUGGUAGUCAUCAACUUGUGGCUCUUGCCAUGAUGAUUGAGAGAGAAUGCGGCAUUGUUGAAAACCCACGGUACCCAACACUAUGGGCCUCUACCACAGAUAACCAGCCUCGUCAAAUAAUUACGAGCAAAUAUCGUGACUCGCCGGUUCCAGUCUAUGGUGGUGUGUCAGCAGAUGAAAUGGGUCUCGGAAAGACCUUGAGCGUUCUAGCAUUAAUAUGCUCGUCGCUUGAUGAUCUCCAUCAUCACCAGUCCGCGAGCCAGCAAGAGUCCAUGGUUACAGGUACCCUGAUGGUCGCACCAAAAUCCAAAAUUACCGCAUGGCAGGAACAAAUUGAUAGGUCUGGUGUGGCCCCUUUCAACGUCUUCGUAUCCCUCUGGCCGCUGUUUCCAGGCACGUUUUUCAGAACCAGAUCAAAGUCGGGUUAUAUCAUGGCACCAACGGCGGCAACUAGCGUCACAGCCGAUACAUAAAUAGUGUCGAUUUCACUGUUGCCAACAAUUUUCAUAUCAUGGAACCGCAUUGGAGCCCCAUGGCGGAGGCGCAAGCGGUCGACCGAGUGCACAGAAAAGGGCAGACAAGACGUGCCACGAUUACGAGAUACAUUGUUCCCACGUCAAUCUAGUAUACUACUCUAUAAGACCUUAAUAUUUAGGAAGAUAUAAUAGAUUUUUCAAAUAAAUA